AUGCCAGCUGAUAUUUCAAGUAUAUCUCUGGUCGAGGGGAUCGGUCUGUCCACUAUUUUUGAAAAGAUAAAUAAUUAG